UUCCCAUUUGAGCGACAGGCACUGCAGCCAAUGACAGCAGGGGUCAGUGUUACGUCUGAGCUACGAUAGGCUGGAGGAAAUCGGCCCAUGACCAGCCCCUCCUCUUCCGCUCCAUCGCCAUGGCGGAGAUCAGCGAGUCGCUUCUGUCGGUGUCGCCGGCCUCGGCGCCCACAAGGACGGUUGUGAUUCCCCUUCGCGCCUCGGUGGGUCUGUUUCGGGGACGUCUGUGGUGGCUGACGAAACAUGCUUUGACAGGGAGCGAGCGAGGAUCAAUGACUACAACUCCCAGAAGGCCCCACUGAUGACGUUGUGGUGUUGUUUCGGGCUUUCCCACCACAGAUGUAAGGCUCAAUGGUCUAUAAUUAUCUGGACUAUCCCUACUACCCUUUUUGAACAAGGGGACAACAUUCGCCUCCCUCCAAUACUCCGGUACAAUUCCCGUGGACAAUGGGGACAUAAUGAUCUUCGCCAGAGGCUCAGCAAUCUAUUUCCUUGCCUCGUAUGCAGAACUGGGAAGCGCAGAUGGAGUUCAACACAGAUGAAGAGGUUCAUUUCUGCAGGUCAAAUUUGAACACAGAAUAUAAUAUUAAUGCCCAUCACGCCUACCGGGACACAGGCCGUCAACAGCAGCUCCUCAGAUUCCCCUCGUCUCAGAUUCAAUCGUCUUCCAGGGGAUGGACCGUCCGAUCUCAGGGAUGAGGCCUUUGGAGAUUAAUUUGACAUUUCUGUGCACUGCCACUUUUCGGGACCAGGUUGCAAACCCCAGGCCCAACGCCGCUCCUUUCGGAGCCGGGUUCAGGCAGUCCACGGCCGAGUACUCAUUUCUGUUCUGAUCUGUUUAAUGCGUUGCUGAUCUCACUCUGCGAUGGAAAUUACCACUAUUACUUCCCAUUGAACACAUCCAGCAGCAGAAUGUUCAUUCCCUGAGACUGUUCCGACAUGCUUAAUCUGUUUCUGAUCCCUCCCUGAUAUAGAUACAAUUCCUCCCCCAGACAGCAACAUAAUGUUCACUCCCUGAGACUGCAGUGCGCGUAGUGGACAAUCGCGGUACUGCAGGGGAUCAGCAGCUCCCCGAAGGUGAAAGCAUUCUGAAUCAGGAAGUGCCCGGAGUUAACAUGGCUACCAAAGGAGAGACCGAGAGUUUGAGCGAGGAGGUAAUUUGUCCCGUCUGCCUGGAUUUCUUCACCGAUCCGGUAUCACUGGAGUGCGAACACAACUUCUGUCGCUCUUGUAUCACACGAUGUUGGGAAAGGGAGCAAAGAAACCCCUGCCCGGAAUGUGGAGAAAUGAUUGCUGACGACACCCUUAGGGUGAAUCGGGCCUUAGCAAAUCUGACACAAAAAUUUCGGAAUUUAAACCUGAACCAGAAAGGGAAGGAAAGUAAACGUCAGUGUGAGGAACAUGAGGAAGAACUGAAGCUGUUUUGUGAAACGGACAAGACACUGAUCUGUGUGAUCUGUGCAGCUGCGCAGGAACACAGAGAGCACCGCUUCAAGACGAUUAAAGAAGCUGUUAAAAUUUACAAGGAUCAGCUAAAAUCUUCCUUAGACUCUCUCACAAAAAAGAAAUCAGACUUCCAGGAAAAGGAGCAGCAACAGAAAGAGAAAAUUUCCGGAGUUCAGGAACAGUCACACAGCCUUCUGUCCCACGUCACAGCACAGUUUGCUGAACUGCGCCAGAUUAUCACUGAGAAGGAGCAAAUCUUACUCAGGGAUCUCAGGGAAGAAGAGAAGAGGAUUCUCAACCCAAUGGAGAAAAAUCAUCUCGCUCUUCAAGAGAAUAUAAGGAUUAUUCAGGAGGAAAUCACUAAGUUAAAGGAACAAAUGGAUCAAAAAGACAACGUGAUAUUUCUCAAGGAGGAAUCUCGUCGGAACAGGAGGAUUAAUGACGAUCUCCAGGAAUUGUCAGUGACUGAUGAGACCCUAUCGGUUGAAAAAUUCGAUCACCUCUAUUUGUUGAAAACAGUGCUGAGAGAAACGCUUGAUGCUAUUAAUCGAGUCUCUGUCACCCUGGAUGUGGAAACGGCGCAUCCGUAUCUCGAGGUGUCUGAGGAUCGGAAGAGUGUGAGACGGACCCGGACCCGGUGGAAUCUCCCUGACACCGGGAAGAGAUUCACAUACUGGGAAUGUGUGCUGGGGUCGGAGGGAUUCACAUCGGGGAGACAUUACUGGGAGGUGGAGGUGACGGGGAUUCGGAGCUGGUGGCUGGGAGUCGCCGCAGAGUCUGUGGAGAGGAAGAGACGGGCCAUACUGAGACCGGAGACUGGAUUCUGGAUCAUCGGGCGGGUUGGUGACGUGUUACAUCGGGAUUAUGACGUGUUAUAUCGGUAUUAUGACGUGUUCCGUGGUCUCCCCUCCCCCUGGUCCCGUCUCGCUGCCGGUCCCAUCCCCGGAAGGAUGGGAGUUUAUCUCAGUUACGAGUCCGCGACAGUUUCAUUUUACAACGCGGAGACCAAGUCCCAUCUCCACACCUUCACUGGGAAUAAAUUCACGGGGAAACUUUAUCCUGUCUUUCGGACUGGGGAUGAAAACCAAUGGCUGAGAAUCUGCUCCGGUUCCGCUCCGGUCUGGAAACAGAUCGGGUCCCGGGACUGGCGGCAGGAGUGAAAUCCCUGUAAAUAUAAAUGUGCGGGGAGUGCAGCUAAAUACGUGGCUAUGGAAAUGGUGCAGGAGGGAGGGCUUCAUGUUUCUGGACAUUUGGGCUUUGUUCCCGGGAAGAUGGGGCCUGUUCCGACGGAACGGAUUGCGCCGAAACUGGACGGGGACUAACAUUCUUGCGGGUAGAUUUACUACAGCUGCUCCAGGGAAUUUAACCUAAAUUUGGAGAGGGAGGGGAACCAGAGUGUUAGAGCAGAUAGUGAGGUGGAGGAGGAUUAAUGUCAUGCGAGGACUGCAUGUGUAGACAGAAAUCAAAGCUUUAUACAUUAGAUUGUAAAUUGAUUUUCAGAACUUUAGAAAUUGCAGAAAACAAAGAUUUCCAAAAGAAAAUAAUGAAGCACAUGACAAGAACAUAUGUGAAAAAGUGGCUACUUCAGUUUUACACCUAUCGCAAUAAUUGUCUAUGUUAGGAAAUAUUUUGGAUCGUCUCUCCUUUGUUAAAUAGUAACAGUGAACAAUUUUAAAUUGAAUUAAACACUGAUUGGCACAUAUCAAAGAAGAAUUGACCAUCUUCAAUAACAAAGGUCAAAUUAAGUUAUCUCUCCCAAACUUGUUUAAUCUUUAGUGAUUAAGGGGAUCUUUUUGUUUUGCAGAUUUAUUUAUUUUUAUUAUAAUUUAUUUAGUAAUGGUCGAUUGAUGACUUUUGAAGAGUUAAUUAGCAAAUAUUCUCUCCCUCAUACACACUUACUGAAAUAUCUUCAGGUUAGACAUUUUUUACAAAAAUAGUUAUCUAAGUUUCCAUAUAU